UCAAAGUCCUCCACCACGGCGAACCUCUUUGAGUUAACCGGCGAUUCCCUGUCACCUCUCUCACUCCCUUCCACCGUCCACGUCAGCACCCUCACCGGCCAAGCCAGUCCCUCAUUGCCAGCUCAUUACGAUAUAUAAGUCCAAAAUCCGGGAAGCUCUUUCCAAAACCAGCCUCUCUGGUUUUUUCUUUCUUGUUUGUUUUCAUUUCUUCAAUUUUCUCUCUGUCCAAACAGAAUUCAGAAAGGAAAGAAAAUGUUUCUCGUAGAUUGGUUUUAUGGGAUUUUAGCAUCACUUGGAUUGUAUCAAAAGGAAGCAAAGAUCUUGUUUUUGGGACUUGAUAAUGCUGGAAAAACAACUCUGCUUCACAUGCUCAAAGAUGAGAGACUUGUUCAGCAUCAGCCAACGCAGUUCCCAACGUCAGAGGAACUAAGUAUAGGGAAGAUCAAAUUCAAGGCCUUUGAUUUGGGAGGCCAUCAGAUUGCUCGUAGAGUCUGGAAGGACUAUUACGCCAAGGUUGAUGCUGUGGUGUACUUGGUCGAUGCUUACGACAAGGAGAGAUUUGCAGAGUCGAAAAAGGAGCUGGACGCCCUCCUUUCUGAUGAGUUACUAGCAAAUGUCCCUUUCCUCAUUCUGGGGAACAAGAUCGACCUGCCAUACGCCGCCUCAGAGGACGAAUUACGUUAUCACAUGGGCCUGACUAACUUCACCACAGGCAAGGGGAAUGUUAAUCUGGAUGGCACCAACGUCCGGCCGCUUGAAGUCUUCAUGUGCAGUAUUGUUCGGAAGAUGGGAUAUGGGGAAGGCUUCCGGUGGCUCUCUCAGUACAUUAAGUAGGCAAACCAAGAAACAGAGCCAUCUACUUUAAUGAAAUCAGGUCACUGUGUAAAUUCAAAUAUGGGGUGUGUUUGUUCAAGAAGUUCAUUUUUAAUCAAAUAUAUCAGCUUGUAAACUUUGAUUA